AUGCUUUUAGGUCACUCAAAGCAGGUUCUUGUGGACUGCCGUUGUACUGCUUAUCAAUGACCUAGCCAACAAGUCGGCUAGCAUCCGUGGAAUGAGUUCAUAAGGACUGUCCAAGUCGUUCCCUACGUACGACCAUUGGCAGCGUGGAUAAGGCCAAAUAUAGAGACAGCUGUCGCAUGAUUGCCUCUUCUCCGUCUGUCCAGAUUUCUUGUAUCACCAUGAUUGCACGGCAGGAUGACGAGGAGACCCCUCUUCUGCAACGACCAGAGCGACCAACGACUAAGACACCUCUGCCUUGGGAUCAAUUCUGGAUUAUAUUGCUCUUGCAAGUGUCAGAACCUCUUUCUUAUCAGACCCUUUCCCCAUUUAUUCCUCAACUCAUUAGAGACAUUGGAGUGACUCACGGAGACGAAUCCCAGGUUGGUCACUAUGUCGGCAUCCUUGAAUCAUCAUACUAUGCAGCUCAUGUGCUGACUAUUUUUCAUUGGAGUCGACUGUCUGACCACAUUGGGCGGAAGCCUGUAAUACUGACAGCUCUAUUAGCAAUUUCUGUUUCGAUGCUUUCAUUUGGGCUGUCGAAGACCUUCCUUGGUCUGGUGGUUAGUCUUGUUGUCGGCGAAUCAUUUGAUGGGAGCAAUAGUGUCAUCAAGAGCAUGGUGAUGGACAUCACUGACGUAACCAACCUCCCUAAGGCAUACGGUUAUAUACCAAUUCCGGCCAUGAUCGGACAAACAGCUGGACCACUCAUUGGGGGAUUGCUCUUCCGACCAGCAGACAGAUUCCCUGAUAUCUUUGGGCGAUCAGAACUGCUGAAAACCUACCCACAUCUCCUGCCGUGCUCUAUUUCGACAAUUUUUGUAUCAAUAGCUUGGCUAGUCACGUAUUUCCGUCUCAAAGAGAGCGUAACUACCAGGACAUCACUUUGGGAGCUAAUCAAAGGAGGAUUGUUCCGACAGUCAUACACAAAGCCUCGCCAGCCAUCGAGCAAUGUGCUAGUUAAUCCCGGGGAAGCGAAUCCUGGAGAAGCUCGAUCAACGCUACUUCCGCUGCGCGCCUUGCUAACCCCGAAAGUUGCGACCGUAGCAGCAAAUUAUGCCACCACAGGCUUGUUUCACGUGGCAUUUAGUUCGGUCCUACCUGUUUUCUAUGCGACAUCGAUUGAACUCGGUGGUCUUUCCCUCGACCCUCCUCGGAUUGGUGCUAUACUUGCGGCACAAGGUGCCGCACAUGGCAUAUUUCAGCUGGUUUUCUACGCUCGUUUACAUGAUCACUUCGGUGCAGGAGCCAUCCAUUUCACUGGCGUUAGCUCUGGCAUACCCAUCGUCAUCUUAUUUCCAGUGAUCAAUGCUCUGGCUCGAGCCCAUGGGGUAGGUUUGGCUGUGUGGCUGUGCGUUGCCACCCAGCUUGCGCUGACGAUUAGCCUGAUCAUGUGCUACCCCUCCUUAGCAUUAUUCGUCAGAACAGCUGCUCCCAAUCGCGCCUCGCUCGGAGCAACCAAUGGAAUCACCCAAAUGUUUAUCGCAGGAGCAAGAAUCAUUGGCCCAGCAUCUGCGGCUUCAGUCUUCUCUUGUUCAAUGCAGGAAGGGCACGAUGCGUGGUUGGUAUACUACUUGACGGCAAUUGCAUUCCUCGCUAUAGGUGUCUCUCUACUGCUUCCCCGAGAUCCUAGUGUAUGGGAAGAUCACCGAUAGCGAACGACCCCAUGUUAUCUGUUUACAGCCAUGUCAGUGCAUCUUCCGGGUAUAAAAAAUGAAGUGGUCAAGCAGAGACCUUCCCGUGUUCGUGACUUGAUAUCCUCCUUCUGGGAGCUCUCUGAGCGCCUUCAGGGAAAGCAAUUAUGAAGAUGGAGACGUGGAUGCAACGUGAUAGUGUACUGUCAUUUGCGACGUAGAGAUGC